AUGCCAGACAUGUACAGCUUCCAGAGCCCAAAGCCGGCUUCACAAUCAGAGAAUGAACAUGUUCCUCAACUCACACCGAACAUUCUUCCCUGCCGAAUCCACCACGAUGGCCCCAUCGACUCUACGGACCGAUUCUGGACGCCCUCCACUGACGCGAAAGAUAAAACACAAUCGUCACACUUCCGCGGCCGCAAACUUCGAGGCCGUCGCGUCGCGAUCCCAGAGGGAUACACAGGAAUUGUCGCGACGCCCACAGAGCGUGUCUCCCAACAACCAGUCAAGAACUCAUCGGCAGAAGAUGACGUAACAGAGCUUGAAGAGCCUGUCAAAAUACUCGAGAUGCAGGGUACGUUCGACGAGAUGAUGGUCUGGGGACACGAGGUUCUUCCUGCGGCAGAUGACCCCUAUGUCAAGGGUAUUGAAGAAUGGUUGCGGUUUGCUGAGACGAUGCAUGGAACCUCUGCGCCUGUGGGUAAGUAG